UCCGCGCCGCUCGUCGCGGCGAUUGGCUCCCACCGCUCGCCGGGAGGGGAGGGGCCGGACCCUCUGCCCUAUAUAAGGGCGGGCGGGCGGCGCGGAGGGCAGCGCUGCCGCCCGCUGUCGCGUGUCCCUCGCCGCCCGCCGUCGCCCCUCUCCCGCUGCCAUGGCAACCGCGCUCUGCCCGCUCCGCGCCGCCCUGCGCCCCCGCGGCCGCCGCCUCCUUCACCUCAGCGCCGCCAGAAAUGAUGCGGUUGUGAUUUCUGGAAGGAAGCUGGCCCGGCAGAUCAGGCAGGAAGCCCGUCACGAGGUUGAGCAGUGGGUAGCGGCUGGAAACAAGAGACCUCACCUCAGCGUUGUUCUCGUCGGUGAAAACCCAGCGAGUCACUCCUACGUACUGAACAAAACCAAAGCGGCUGCUGAUGUCGGAAUCAGCAGUGAAACCAUCCUCAGGCCGGCCUCUAUUACUGAAGAGGAGCUACUGGAUUUGAUUGGCAAACUCAAUAACGAUGCCAACGUGGAUGGCCUCUUAGUACAGCUUCCUUUACCCGAACACAUUGAUGAGCGCAAGAUUUGCAACGCCGUGACUCCAGACAAAGACGUUGAUGGCUUUCACGUGAUAAACGUGGGGCGCAUGUGCCUUGACCAGUACUCCAUGCUGCCGGCUACCCCGUGGGGGGUGUGGGAGAUCAUUAAGAGAACUGGCAUCCCAACGCUGGGGAAGAACGUGGUGGUGGCUGGCAGGUCGAAGAACGUGGGCAUGCCCAUCGCCAUGUUGCUGCAUACGGACGGCAGGCAUGAGCGCCCAGGAGGUGAUGCCACAGUCACAAUAUCCCACCGCUACACUCCCAAGGAGCAGCUGAAGCAACACACGAUCCGUGCUGAUAUUGUGGUAGCAGCAGCAGGCAUACCCAAUCUGAUCACGGCCGAUAUGAUCAAGGAAGGAGCUGCAGUUAUUGAUGUGGGGAUAACGCGAGUGCAGGAUCCCGUCACUGCCAAAUCGAGACUGGUUGGGGAUGUGGAUUUUGAAGGGGUGAAGAAGAAAGCCAGCUACAUCACCCCGGUCCCGGGAGGAGUCGGGCCCAUGACGGUUGCCAUGCUGAUGAAGAACACCAUCAUCGCCGCCAAGAAGCUGUUGAAACCCAAAGAGCUGGAAGCAUUAACAGCUUAACGUGGGAACUCUCUCUUUAGCACUGAAAACGACAUUCCAAACUGACUCCCAAACAGGCCGAUAGAAAAUGCAAUAUUUUUAUUUAUUGUAUUGGAAGUGGAAUUUCCCGCUCUGAGGUCACAGGUAUUUAUUGGAAGCCGAAGCGUAUGCGCACUAGUCGUACUAAGGUGUGAGCAUCUACACUCCUGGCCUACUCGCGCUAGCAAAGCUGCUUUCUGCGUAAGCCGGCCCUGCCCCUGCGGGGAGCAGGCAGCGGCGGGGCCCCGGGUGUGCGGCCCCCCCGGGAGCUCGGCGUGGCGUUAGCGAUCCCCGCGGGAGGCAGAGCGCUGCCCUGCGGUGCGCAAGCAACCGCCUUCGUGGUUCCGUUCUCACAAAGGCUCAGCCUGACUCGCGCUGAAGUCUCCUCCUCGAUGCUGGAUGUUUAGUUUGAGUUAGAGCUCUUCUGUAGAAGUUUUUACUUGAAUUAAAAAAAAAAAAUAAAAAUAUAUAUAUAUAAAAAUAAGCCAUAUGUCUGUCCUGGGGCCCUGGGCAGUGGCAGAUUUGUUGUAACAUGCUCUUCUAGUGUGUGGCUAAGCUGGUUUUUUUUGCUAUUUGGAUGGUGAGUUUUUUAAAAGCCUUUUUUUCUAACCAAAGAACGAUGAGGUGGGGGCUCGUGGUGUCUACACUGGGCACGCAGGAGCCUUCCUGGACUGUAUUGGAGAGUGUACGAGUACUUAGUGAAUAAUGCAGGCUAACUCUAAAUAAAGUAUGAGAAGAAAAAGAGAAAGGAAAAAAAACAAAACACAAACCCUACUUGUGUCCUAGAAUUAUUACUAAGCAAACUUUUUGUUUCUCCCAGAAAAGGGGAGCUGCCCCCGGCAGUGGUUUAUGAAAGCGGUCGUGCCGUCCCUGCAGCGCAGGGUUCGGUCUGGCUUUCUCCCCACGUUUAACUGAGACGCAGCGGCUGCCCCCAGUUUGUGACGCGUCCCGGUUUGAGGUAAAAUAACCCCUUUUCUGUUCGGAAACUUCCGCUUUUCCAGCUCGGCCUCUUCUUUGAAGCGAGGGGCGUCUCUUACCUUCACGCCCGAACAAAACCCGCUCGGCUGCCGGGCUCCAUCCAGCCGACAGCGCAAACUUAGUCCUCUAACGAGUUUGUUAGCAAGCGCUAAUUAUCCAUCAAACGUUAACCUUACCUGAGUCGCGAUGCCUUGGCGGGAUGGAAAAAAAAAAACUUACAGGCGGUUCUUGUUUGUGGGCAGCGAGGUGAGUCAGGGCCUCCUUCCUCUUCGCGUAUUCCCUGGAAAGACUGAUCCCCCCCUUCCUGGGAGCAGGAAAGGGCCGUUGUGACGCUGAAGGGGCUCUUGCUGGUGAGUUGGGACUAACCCCGGGUUUGUGGCGCUCUCCCGGAGGGGAGAGUGUUUGUAAACCCACUAAAUUUGGGAAGGAAAGUUGCGGUUCGAGGGCUCUGCACCAGAAACACGCGAAGAGCUGAGACUCGUUGGAAGGAGGUUUAUUGGGGUUGCAUCACCGAUAAAUACAAAACGGCUAAAGUGGUACUGUGAUGGAGGUGGCAAAUCCGAGACGCUCCACUGUUCUCGUAUACAAAAAAAAAAAAAAAAAAGUAUAAACCCCGUGUGUGAACCCGUGCAAAAUUAGAACAAAUUUAAUCAAAACAAGCUGGAUUGCGAGAGUGGCUUCAGCUCUGCUCUACGAAACAUCUACCAGAGUCCACAAAGCCUUUCCGGGGGCGGCGGGUAACGGAGCGGAUGGACUGGAUAAAGCAAAUGAACCUGUUUGCUUACAAGGGGAAGGCUACCUGUCCCACGCGUCGGCUACCGCACGGGAGACGGGGACAAAACGCUACAAGGCAGACACGGCGCGUUCCAGUCGAAAGCGUUCUUAAUGUUAACGUCAAGCUACGCGGCUCUCGCUCAAGCGGCGAUGGAAUUAACACCCUGUCAUUUAUCUCACCGCCUUUCCCCAGGAGGGGCGCUUGGACCCGAAAAGAAGAAAAAAAAAUAAAAAUUAAUAAAUUUGCUAUAAAUAGGAAAUCGCCUUCAAGUUUUUGGUGGACUCGACUAUCUACAGAGAACUGGGAUCUGUCCCGUGCAAAGGUUCAGACCAGCUGCAAUAUUUCGCUGGUGUCCCAGAACCGUCCCCCCCCCCGCCCCCGUAGGGCUGGUAUAAAUAGACUGGUUUUGCACAGGGGGAGGGUUGGGGCUCCGCGAGGCUUGAAAUAGAGCGGGGGGGAGGAAGAAAAAAUAAGAAUCCACCUAGCAAAAAGGAGGAAAAGAAACAGAUUGGAGCGGGGGGGGUGGGGGGGGUCGCGUCAGACCACUGUUUCUAAACGGCAGCUGGGCUUAGCCCGUGCGAGGAAGAAAAACAAAACCCUUUAAAAGCCUGGGCGCCGCUGGAAAAAAACAAAAAAGGUGGUGAGAGCUGGGCAGAGCCCAACGGAGCUGGGCGCCCGCGCUGGCUCCCAACCCGCUCCCUUCCCUUCCUUCCCCGAGGCCCCAAAGGCAGCGGAGCCGAAAUCCCGAGGGAGACCAAGGAGCCCCAAAGCGGGGCUGGGGACGUGGCGGGGGACACCCCUGCUCUCCCCGCCCCGCUCUGAGCUCUUUGCUGUUCAACCACAGCGAGAAUCACCAAGAUGGAGGAGGUAAAGUGGGGGGGCGAAACCCCUGGCACCGGGGCUGGGUGGGCUCCUCCGGUCAGAUCACGGCUCCGGCUCCCGUCCGGAAGGAAAGACAGGGCUGGGACCAGCCCCGGUGGCCCUGGGAGAGCUGCGGGUGGGGAUGGGUGACCAAAUGGCUUCACCGCAACGACCGGUCCCCUUUCCCAGUAGAAACCAUCCCGCAUCCCCUGCGGAAACCGAGGUCCCGUUCCCUGCUCUGCUCUCCCGCCGCAGCCCGGCUGCUGGUGCCCUUAAACCGGAGCUGCUGGUCCUCCUUCCCCUCUGCGGGACAUCGCUCCAGGCCACCAGCUCCCGCACAACCCUGCCGUGCCUCCUCAUCCCCUCCUGCCAUGCCUUCCCAUCCCCUCCUACGCCUCCCCCUCCAAGGCUGGGGGGGUCCCUCCUGCAUCCCCCUGGGAUGCCGUGCCGCAGGAAAGGACUCCCCGUGGCCGUGGGCUUGGGACCGGCAUCUUCUGGCCAACACAAAGCCCCGUCACCAUCCCCUUCGCCAAACGGCACUCCCCAAGAGCCGCGUUGCGAUUUCAGGGAUGGGGGAGCGGGGACAUGCGCUCCUCCCCGGCUUCCAUCUCAGCCAUGCGAACC